AUGAGCUCACUGAAGGUGCAGCUCACGCAGGCCGCCGCGCCGUCGCCGCCGAGCAUCAGCUUCGUCGAGCGUUACAAGGUCGCAGUCGAGGCACGCAUCAACCUGAAGCACGUGGUUGCCAAGCUUCUGAUCGUCGCGACCUUUGUCGAGGACGCGCUGCGCGUGCUCUUUACCUUUGGGGUACAGCAGCAGUCGAUGGAGAUCGCCGGGUGGACCUCUCCCGCGCUGCACACGCUGUUGCCGCUGCUGUCGCUCGCCGUGCAGUCGUGCGGCGCGCUGCUCGUGCUGGCGUCUUCGGGCGUGGGCGGAGAGGUGGGCUGCUACCUGCUGCUCGGCUGGUGCGUGUGGCACCCCUUCAUGUACGGCCAGGCCGGCAACCGCGAGUUUGUGCUCGAGACGGCGACCAUCUCCGGCGGGCUGCUGAUCCUGCUGUCGCACCUGCUGCUGCUGCGAACAAAGGCGCCGCUGCUGGGCGGGGUGUCGGCGGCGGCGGCGCAGGAGCAGAAGGACCGGACGGCGACGGCGCACCGCAUCCAGGCGGUUGGCCGCGUCCUUGUCGUCUCCUUCUUCCUCUACGUCGCCGCGACAAAGACACACGCGUGGGGACGGGCCGGGCGUGUGGGGGUGGGGCACGAGGACGGCGCGAGCUAG